AUGUUUCAGAAAAAAAAUAAUACUAAUCCUUUUCUACAGGUUGCAGAAGCUAAGCCUGUUACUAUACAAUCAGAAGUUAUGCAGAAAGAAUUGGAAAGCUGUAUUAGAAGAGAAUACACUGCAGAAAGUUUACCUUUACUUCUACACCAGUUUUUUACAGAGCGUAUUAACCAGCUGGUUCAGAGUAAAUAUUUGCAUAUGCUGAGAUGGAAGAGAUUCUGCCAACAUACAAGUGUCUCUGAGCAACUAUAUCCUUUUUACAAGAAACAUGUUGGUUACAUCAUGCAGGAGUACAAUGAUGCACUUCAGCGAGCGCAGAGACUCUCAGCUGCUCGAGAACGCUUCCUCACAGGGCACGGAGAUGCUAGCAGUAUGGUUACAGUGCAAGAUUUGGUUAUCUAUUUGCAGUGGUUGGUGUGCCAUCUUCACUCUGUCAAGACAAUUCACAGCUACCUUAGAGUGCUCCAAUACUUGCCACUCACUGAUCGGAUGAAGGUGAGCAUACAAGGACUACAUGAGGAUGUCCAGAAAGGGGGAGAUGAAAGCAGCAUUGUUUCGGUGGCAGAAACUUCUAUGUCCUUCACCCAUAUCUCCAUGCACCCCAGUACUGCAUUCUCUAGUAUCUCAGAAUCAGCUGGGAACUUUGUUUCAGUAUCCUUGCCAUCUGCUCGACUCCACACUGCUCGUUCUACUGCAAACAGUUUAGCUGUGAAUCACAUGAAAGGUCACUUAAGCUGUGAUGAUACCUGUGCAUUGCCUUCUCACAGACUAGAAAACGACAAGUUUACACCUCAGCUGCAACAGCUGAUCUCUUACUUUGGCAUCAGCUAUGAUGUAGAAGAUCUCAGGAACACUGCCAAUGAGAUGGAACUGUUUGCUAUGGUUGGACAUGUAUUCAGAAGUAUCUUCAACAAGCAACAGACUAUGAAAAAAUUCCCAGCUUAUGAUUCCGGAUUUACAGGCUCUGAAAAGUGGGGAGCUAAAGACCCUAGUAUGGCACUGAAAAAAGAAGCAAACUGGAUUCCAUUCCUGAAAAUUAAGCCCAAAAAAGAUCCCUGGCAACAGAAACUAAUGACAAAGCUCCAGCAAGAGAAAAAGGUAGAUGAGCUGCUUCGCCUUCAAUCACAGUUCAUGCAGGUUUCAGAUCCGGACCAAGCAAUGGGUGCACUUCGAGAGCAUGGUGUAGCCGUAUUUGAACCAUAUCCAAUACAGUCCUUUGCUGUAACAUCUCAUCAGUUUGGUCAGCAGACUAAUGAAAUCUGGAAGAACAUCUAUGGCAUAGGAGUUGUGAAUCAGGAGAAAAAGAUUAAUGGAAGUACAAAGACCUCCCAUACCAGUGACAGUGAACCAGUUAAUGUCAGAAAAAGCCCAUCUACACCCAGGAAAAGGAAAGAUGAUGGAAUAGUGCCUAAAGGUUUAAGGCACCACCAAUUUCCCACUGGUUUGGUGCCUGAUUCAGCCUUUCAUCAAGAACUUUUGGUGCUUUUUGAUCGUCAAGGUUUUGAGUUGAUUGAAUGCAUAGUUAAGCACUAUUCUAUAUGGGUGGAGGACCUUAACAAACAAGUGGCAGAAUUAGACGCUAAGAUAAAACUUGACAAUGAUUUCACCAGGUACAAAUAUGAAUAUAGUCGUAUUUUUACCAGUAUUGACCAGUACCUGGUGAAACUUAAAAAUAACAAAGCUAAAAAAUUAGAACGAGACACUAUAGUGUAUAAGGAAGGUAAAGGGUAUCCACUUCCUCCUAUAGCCCAAGUAUGGAAAACUGUUUCUGAAGGUAGUUCUAUCCCUGGUUACAAUAACCAGCCAACUGUGUUUCAUUACACUAAUAAGUUGCCUGAUACUAUGGUACAAGUAAAUGAAGAUGUUAACCAAACUGAAAGGCAAGGUUAUACGGAAGUCAGGAGAAGUGAAAGACUGGCUAACAUCAACAAUCAGCGUUCGGACAUGGUGGAUUUCUUUUCCAAAGGUAACACAUAUGUCCCUAAACAAAAUUGUGAUUUGGUGAGAACAAUUAUAGAUUUAAAAACUUUCACUAGGAAAUUGAACUUUAACUUGAUGAUGGGGUCUAAUGUAACUACAGUUCAAGAUGACCAAUUUAGAAUUCCUAGUACUUUUAACCCACCCCUUCAUCCACUUAUUUCUGUGUUUGAACAAAUGUGUGAACUAGAUAUUCGCUUUAACGUUAAACAUAGAGGUAAAAUCCAUACUAAAGAUCGUACUUUACAGAAAGAGAAGGGAUUUUUGGAGUUUAUUAAAUUACAUGAUAUUAGAGUCUGUAAGCCUGAUAAAGGAGGGGGACUGGUAAUUUUUGAUAACAUGGAUUACUACAACAGAAUGAUAGACCUGUUAGAUGACCCCGCCUAUGAAGUUAGUUCCCGCUCAGAGACCAAUCAUGCAUAUUCGGUAAUAAAGGAUAGUAUAUUAGACAUGUUCAUAGAGGGGCGAAUUGAACAAAAUAUAUUCAGUUAUAUGUCUACACAAUUUCCAAGGUUCAGCUAUGUAGCUACAUUGCAGUUGCUAGGGUUAGAUGAAGGCAAAGAAGAAAAUACUGAUAACCCUGUAUUGAUGAGAGGGGCCUAUCUCUCAUUUCUUUAUUUGCGUCAUCUGAAAAUUAGAGAGCUGCAGCGCAGAUGCUUGGGAAUUUUAAACUAUUUUCGGUCUGUUGAACGAACUCUAACGAUCAUUACUUCAGGUCUUAUCAUGAGUGGUGGUGACAUAGAGGCAAUAGCUGAAGACACCUGCUAUGUAAAUGCAGCCAGAGGAGGUGCUGGUGUGGCUGGAGGUCUGGGAUCUCAUCACUAUUUACACAAUACACCUGCUGACUUUAAGGUUCACAGUGUAGAAUUUAUGGAGUUCUCAGAAGUAGAAAACCAUGAUGACUUUUAUACAGAAGAUGAUGGCUCUAUCCACACCCAGGAUCAGCAAGGAAAUUACAUUGUCUAUGAUGUAGCAGUAACUGAUUUAAUGGAGCUUGAAAAACAGCUGCUGCUAGUAGCAACACACUAUAUCGAAAAAGAUAAAGGUAAGUUUCUUGGAUCAGAGCCUAUAUCUGGCUCACAUGAGGCUGACAUUAACCUUCAUGGCUGGGCCCAUUUAGAUGUUGACCGAUUUGCUGUAUUGCUUGACCUCUGGACAUGUGAAGCUGAAUUUCUGCAGAACAAAAAUCAGCUUUUAGACAGCUAUUUUGAGAGCUUUCAGCAUGUCACAGAUUCCGAAGGAAGAUUUUCUUUGGCACAAAUAAUAAUUGACAUUAUGCACAAACGCCCACGAUUUGACUUGGAAAGUGAAUAUUUUGUGAGCACCUAUGAAAGUGAAUGCAUUUGUCUUCAACUUCAUCUGCAGCUCAUUAGAGAUGUACUAAGCAAACAGAUUGAUGAACAGCGUGAAUAUAUUCAGAUGAUUUGGAGAGAUGGUCAGCAAGGAAGUGCACAUGAAUUUGGACUUCCACCUAAUAUCAUUCCCAAGCAGCUCAUAUCUCUUAAUAACAGCAGCUCAGCCUUAAGGAAUAUUUAUUUCCUGGAGUUCCAUCCAUCUCUUAGCCUUGCUGCAUUAAUACCUAAGGCUUUAGAUCACAUAUAUACAGAACUUUACCACGUUCACCGUCCUGCUACAGCCACAGAAGCCAUCAGCCUGGAAAAGCAAGUUCUGCAACUAGCAAAAGAAAAAUGGAUGACUUUGGAAAUAGAUGGUUCCUCUUACAGUUCUCAGAUUCAAAAAGAUUUGUUUGCAGACACCUUUAUGAAAAACCCAUACCUUGUAAAAAACAUUGGAAUUUCCUUACUGGAGUCAUUAGAAGACAGUGGGAACACAUCAGCCAAAGAGAAACAGACUUUGGUCUUGGAAACCUUCAGUAAACUGCUGGAAAUUGUUACACUUCGUCACCGUUUGAUUGAGACUGCCUCCGAGACAGCACUCUUAGCUAGGUUGUAUAAGACUUGUGCUGUGGAGAUGGGGUUUGAAGAGUACCAUUUAUAUCUGAGGCCAGUGCAGUUUGAAUUUGCAUCUCACAAGGAAGAAGCAGAACAACUGCCUCCUGUGUUCAUUACUGCCUUGCUCGAGGAUGACAGCAGCAUUGACAGGUAUAUCCCCUCUAGUUUACUAUUAGGUAUCCAGGAAAUCGAUGAGCUUCAGAUUGGGAAAUUCAGUUUUCGAACCUGGGAGACUGUUCUUCAGCUAUUGUCUAAGUCUGGAGUGGAUAAUCUACAGGUAGCUCUAGCAUGCCAAGUAGUUCAGAAAAAUGCUUUGAUUGCUGCAGUGCAACAGGCCACAUUUUGUCACAGUAAUUUCACUACAGCAGUACAUAAAGCCCACAACAGACAUCAUGCAAAGGAAGGACCAUCAUCAAGCUCCAGGAUUCAGGGCAGCUCAGCUCGUGCAGUAUUGUCCAGACUGGGUAAUGAGACUGAAAGUCAUCCUUUCAUAGCCACUGUAGCAACUUUUUCUUCUCGAGAAAGUGGCCAUCAGGAAGUUGAAACCAUGAAAAGCCACACGAUGGAUAACCCUUCGAUAGAACUUGAUUUUGCACCAGAGAAAACGGAUCAGAGGAGGAGGUGGGAGACUGUUAUGGAUGUACGUGAUAAUCCCUUCCUUGCGAUGGAACUUUUUGUCACUAGUCCUAAUGUUGAAGCUACUAAUAGUGACAAUUUACAUGAAUUCAACGUGAGUAUUAAGGAACUAGAAAAUAUGUUGUACAAGCUUCAAAGACUUACUUGGCAAAGGAGACACUUAGAAGCAUGCCUGCACUUCAAAAUAGUGCCGAGAGGGAUGAGAGUCCUUUGUAUGCCCACCUAUGGCGACAGCCAUCCGGACUUACUCAAGAGGUGGCAGCAGUUGAAUUUAGAACUUAGCUAUAAUUACAUCAGAUUACUGCUGGACUAUUUUUCCCCUAUAGAGAAGGAAUUGAGCACUAAGGCUGAAGAGUUGUAUAAUACUACACAUGAGAAAUUUAAAGGGGCCAUGUACAAGCAACGUAUAGAAUCCCUACUCAAUCAAACGUGCUCCUAUGGGGAGCGUUUACAACAGACUAAAAUGCGCAAACUUCAACGAGACUACUUCGAUUUCACGAACAGUCAAGUCUUCUUAUGGCCAAGGAGUAGAAAUGUCAGGGAGACUGGGCUUGCGGCCACUACUGACAAUGAUGUUUUUAAUACCGAAGCAUCUGCUUCCACUACCGGUCAAAGGGACACUACUGCUUUAAAUGACGUGCCUACAACACAAGGGGUGAUGACGUCAUCAGUGAGAGCCUCUACUACCCCUACAAUGGAUACUGACUGCACGCCACCGCCGAACCAGCUAGCUCUACUACGCUCCACCACGAAUAACACGGGUGCUAAACCGAAGAUAGCACAGACACAUAUCGAACGUUUUUUACCCCUUCCAGUACAGAGCCAAUAUGGAACGAGAGGGAGGACUCCAGAAGCAUUUAUUUCAAUACAGUUGGAAAAACUUGGACUACGUGACGUGAUGCUCAAUGAAUUUAUCCAUAAAAGACAAACCAUGGGCACAUUAAUGAAGAACCUAGAGGAAGUGGAGAAAAUCAAAAGGGAAUUAAUUCUCAGUUACUGCCAAAAAUUCAGUUUCCGAAUGUCUCAGUACUCCCUGCGAGGACAGAUUAUUGCUUACUACAACAGCCUUAGAACUCUCUUAAGUGACUUUCCUAGCAUCAGAGAUACCUACUUCAUGAUAGGAGUCUCUCAAGAGAAGAAGGGAGACAUUGAUUCAAAGUUAGGACUGCAUCCUGAUCCCAGGAAACUCCAGCAAAGGCCUCGAUGUUUGUUGUCUGCUGAUGGAGAAACCUUCCUUAAUUUGUGGUUCAUUCCUGACCAGUCAGAGCUCUUGAUCAUGUUUAAGACCCUGGAUGAAAAGGAACUUACUGCAGUGAUUGAGAAGCUAAAGAAAGUGCACUGUGAAGGGAAAUGUGAGGCUAGUGGUGAGCGAGACAGCGGACCUACUGACACGCAAAUGGAUUUAUAUACUCUGCAUUCUCCUGGUUCAAUUUCUCCAGGUUCCAUUGCUCCAGGGCAGAGAAGCGUUAACCCAGCUUCCUAUAGCGGAGUGGUGAGUGGUGCUCAACGAAACCAGGAAGUUGUGUUUACAUCUGAGCCAGCGUCACCUAUAGCAGUACAGAGUACGUCUAGGAGACAGGAUUUGUCGGCUUGGUUUGAAACGCCGGACUUUGAAGCUACAACGGAGGUCUUUGGAGCAACGUGGAAUCGUGAUAUGGACAAAAGCAGUCAUCUUCCUUCUCUUAAAGAGCAGAUAUCCCAGUAUGAAAAACUAAGUAGAAAAUAUAGAGCGAUGCAAUUAGACAACUUGUUCCUGAUUAAAUCGAGGGGGCUUAACCAAGUCCCUAAGGGUUUACGUUUAUGGAAGUUGCCGAUGGGGGUAGAAAUGGAUUCUGACAUUUUUCAAGACCUGGUUGAACUGUUUCAAAAAGCAGGUAUGGAGCUUCUUGAUUUAAUCAUUCGGAACAAUAAUAAUAGACUCAAUGUUUUACGUGAAGGGAUUAGUAAGCUUCACUUUAGUAUAACAUCUGACUUAUUGUUUUUACAAUAUAAAGUGAAUUUUGAAAAAGUUUUUAAAAACAUUGAGGCUUUUGUGGAAAAAAACAGGGCCAUUAAACACAAAAAAUUGGCCAGGGAUGCUGCAGAUUACAAAAAUAAAGCAGCGUACCCACCGGGUAGAAAAGUGUUUAAUUUUAAUGGUACUAAUCAUGAAAAAGAUAUUGGUGGUGAUGAUAUGGAUGUGACACAGGAAUUGUAUGUGGAAGAAGGGGAUGAUUUUUUAGAGCCGCAGGUUUUCCUGCGAAGGUCGGAGAGGCUCUUGAACAAGCAGCCACAAACGGCCAAAUCUCCACGUCAGCAUCCAAGAAGAAGGAGGAGUAACCACUCCGUCCAUCAGAAGCAGGGAGUGGUGAAGAGUCAGUUUAUUCACAUUUCCCGACUUACAUCUAAUGAACAAAGUUGUAUACAGGAAUUUGAGGUAUUAAAAUCCAUGUUCCUGGAAAGAGGUUACCUACCCCAUAUUAUUGAUGAAGCCUGGGAGACAGUUAUCCAAGGGAGGUCCAGCAGGUCCAGCGCGAUUAUUAACCAUGGUCUGCAGUUUAAUAGAGUGGAUGAAGAUGCAGAGACUACUAAUAGCCCAGUUACAAACUUCAACAGUAACAUGGACACAAAUAAAGCUUUGAGGUUUAAAAAAUGCAUCACCAAUGGCCACAAGCUUCUACGACAGGAUGCCUAUGACAAGUGUGUCUACUAUUUGGGCAUAGUGCACAUAAAUAUCAAGUGCCAGGCCUGCUCCGUUUUCAGUGUCAGAGCUUUAGUUGACAGAAAGGCCAAGCUGUUAAUGAAAGACAUUCUCCAGCCUUCGGCUGCUUCUUCCUCUUCCUCCCGUAGUAAGACACCUGAAAGAAAGGAGAAAGAGAGACCAAAAGAAAGAAAUCAUCUAGAGCUAGAAGGGCAGGGUCCUUUGAGGGCUUGCCACAGAGCACUUUCAACAAUGUUGCAGAUUGUAGCAGCACUUCAUGGGAUUGUAUCCUUCCUCCUCAGUUUUGCUCAGCUUGGAGCCUGUACCACAACCUAUUGUUCCAAUAAAACAAAUUUACUGUCAGCUGACUGGGGAGGUCUGCAGGGUAUUGGAGCUGAACUUCAUGAAAUACAGAAACAGAUUGACUCACUUAAGAAUCCUAGAAGUCCCAGUGAGGUGAUCAGCCUGUUGAACCUUCGAAGAGAAGUCCUAUUUUUGCAGUUUGAUGCUGCUGUCAGGCAUUUAAUUCGAGAAGCAUUUCUGUCAACAGGGAACAUACAGGCAUAUCUGUGUGUAACAGAUCAUAUGUACCAUGCCCUGCCUGCAUUAAGUAACUCCUUGGUUCCUAGUGCAUUUGGUUCACAGCUCUCUGUUCCACAACCACUGAAUCCAUGCAGUCAUAAGGCAUUUCUGAUCUGUCCAUGGAGAACCUUUCUUGCAACAUCAGGAUUGUUUCCAGUAAUUAUCAGUGAAGCUGAUACAACUGAGUAUAACAUGCAGCUGUGCCUCUGUGGUUUGAAUGAACGUGACAGAAAAGCUGUUAAUGGAGCUCUCAUUGGUGUAUCUCUGCUAAUGGAAGAUGUCCUGCAGGGAAAGCAUGGUUUUGUUUGUUUUCAACUGGAAAAUGAGGAAGAACAGAAACUUUUCAAGGAGAUCCAGAAAGAUUUGCCACAACAUGCAGCAUCUGAUACUAAGUUAUUACAACAAUCCUGUAUGUCAUCCACCACAGUAAUGACACUACAUCAAGAUCCCAUCAAAUCAUAUACUAUACUGAGGUCUUUUCUCAUCCUCUGGAAACAGUUGGAAGUGUUUAAAGAGACGUGGGGUAGACUAAAGCUCCGAGUAGAAGACAUCAACACAGUUGCUCUUUACAAACAGUUUGCGAAACUCUAUAGAACUGAAAUCCUGUUUCCUACCAUGAAGGUUAUAUCUAGGCAACUGGGAAAAGAAGAUGAGUAUGAAGGACUGAUUUCAGAUUCUCAGACAGUACCUGCACCAAAAGGAGCUUCAGAAGUAGACAUAAAAUCUCGACAGCUUCAGAAAAUCCUAGAAAGUCUGGAAUGUCAUAUGAUAACUGAAGUGCAAAAGAAAGUCACAAAAGAAAUGACUCUGGUUAUAUCAGAAAGAGCAAGACAGGACAGUGGAUUACCAACAGAACUCUGGAAGCAUGCUGUUAUGAAGGAGAAUUUCUCAGCUGUAAGACCUCAAAUAGUUGAAAAUGUUGUACAGAAACUAAUGGAACAGUCCCAUGACACUGGAGAUGAGGUGUGCUUCAAAAGAGAACAUUUGCAAAAGUGCCUUACCUCCUUAGCCUGUGAUGUCAUGCAGAGGGAACGUAGUAACUAUGAAACAUAUUCCAUGUUCUAUGAGAAUGUUCUACGACAUGAGCAUCAGCUGCUGUACCAGAAGGAACAGGAAGUCAGAUCAGUGGAAAGAAAUCAAAAUCAUUCAGAAGGAUGCUUUGUCCAGGCAGCAGACCUCAGCCAUGACAUGAUUGUAGAAAUUACUGCCCUGAGAGCAAGGCUUUCAGAUUUAGAGGAAGAAAAACAGAACCUGAAACAGACACUAAGAAAAGAAGUCCAAAAUGAAUAUGAAAUGCUAGUUAGAAACCUGUUUCUAGCUUGCUUUACCUUAAAGGCAAAAUUAGAUGAAUAUCAUAUCACUGUCAAUAAACACAUGUAUGAAAUGAUUGGAGAAGUCCGUCAAGAAGCUGUGGAAAGCAUAAUCAGUUUGAAAAAAAGGAUCGGCUCUACAAAAGAUGAUGAAGCUUUGAAAGGAAAUUUAGUAAAGUAUGAACAAAUGCAGGCAUUGAGAGAUGAGAACAAUCAACUUGAACAAUUAAUAUGUAAACAGAAGAUACUGAGCUGGUGGAAACAGAAUGCCAAAGAGGGAAAACUUCAUAUACAGAUGAGAGCCUUGGAGCAGGAAGCUAUUAAAAAUAAAAAAGACUAUGUGACUGUGAAGAUGAUUGUAGAAGAAGAAGUCACACUCUUACGUCAAGAGCUGGCUGCUGUCAGAAAGGCCCUGGCCAACUCUCAAGCCGAUUAUGAGAAAAUGAAACAGGAACUGGACAAGCAGAAACAGCUACUCAAAGAGUUUGAGCACCGAGUGUCACAAGAAGCACGAAGCAGACAGCAGCUAGAUAAUGUGAAGAUGGCAACCAUGGAGAGGGUCUUUGAAGACAUGGAAGAAAAGGAGCACCAGCUGAGGGCAUUGACUGAUGAGCAUGAGAAACAGUCCAAAAUGAGCCACUUUCAACAAACUAAAAUUGAGAAAGAAAUCAGGCAGAUAAAACACCAGCUUUCCCAUGAAAGAUGUUUAAAACUGGAUGCUUUCCAACGUGUAGAUGAACUGCAAACUCAAAUUUAUGAUUUUGAAGCCUCUUUACUACUAAGAAAUUCUUUACCAGGCUCAAAGAAGUCUGUUUCGCAUCGGUGCCACAGCGCAAGCAGCUUUCAUGGUGCUUCACUAGCUUAUCUGGCAGCGAAAAUUAUACCGAGGGGGCUUAGAGUUUAUGUUGAGCCAGGACUGGGAAACAACGAUGAACAAUUCAUGUUAAAAUGGAGGGCUAUACAGGCCACAGCCUCUAGUAUGUUUUUACAGAUGCUUGUGGAACAUUACGAAAAACAAUUACCUGACUUAAUAGCUAAGCUUGAACAGUGUUUUGAAUGCACUCAAGAGUAUGUGAAUACUUUAGAUUACCAGAAUCUGUACACACAGUUUGUUACAGAUACAGAGAAAUAUGAUAAGGAACUGUGUAAAAGAAAGAUGCAUAAAUAUCAACGAGAUGUUAGUGAUUUUAAUAAGGCAACAGUUUAUACGUGGAAAAAACAAAAAAGGGGUGUGAGAUUCAUGGAAGAUAAGCAAAUCCCCAGGCCCAAAAGAAAACGGGUCAAGUCUAUGUUAAGGAGACAUGACACACCUUCUAGUGCAUCGGAGUAUUCAUCCAGUUUAUCCAAUACUGAUAUGGAACCAGAAAUGAGUGAAGUGCAGGAUCUUCCCUCACCAGCCUCAAAAAGAUAUAAAACCCCUUUAGAAGGGCAGGCCGCAAACAUCGUGGACGAGGCUGUAAGGAAGAUAUUUCAGGACAAUUUGUUACAACAGUAG